AUGUUGGAGGAAGUACACCCAUGCUUCUUGUACCUCUCCACGUGCAGCGCGUAUAAUAAAUUCGAUUUUGAUGGCAUUUUUAUAGUGCUCCUUAGUGAAGUAUCUGUUCUGCCUGCCAAACUGCAUGAACAAGUUACCAUUAUUGUCAAAUAUGAAGUGUUUGACUUGUUUGACACAAAGCACAACGGAAUCUUGGGCUUUGAGGAAUUUGCUCGUGCACUCUCUGUUUUCCAUCCAAAUGCACCUGUUGAUGAUAAGAUUGAGUUUUCUUUUCAGCUAUAUGAUCUCAAGCAACAGGGUUUCAUUGAGAGGCAAGAGUUGCUCUACUUAUGGAACCUCAUUGAUGUCUCUGUUCGAACUUCAUUAACCAACAACGUUGUUUUAUGUGCUGUUGAUAAAAUAACAGUUGUGGCUUCUAAAUGCAGGUGA